AUGGAGUCUCUCUGCCAGAUUUGGCCGUGGACAUUAUUUGUCCUCCUGGCUGCCCCGCGGCUGCUGGGCGCACAGCAAGCCUGCUCCCAGGCAGCCUGCUACCCCGCCGCCGGAGACCUCCUGCUGGGACGAGCCCAUCACCUGAGAGCCUCCUCCACUUGUGGCCUCACCAAGCCCGAGACAUACUGCACGCCCCACGGAGAGUGGAGCAUGAGAUGCUGCAGGUGCGACUCGCGGCUGCCGCACACCUACAACGGGCACCGCGUGGAGAACGUCCUGUCCUCCGCCGGGCACUCGCGCUGGUGGCAGUCCCAGAGUGGCAUCAAGCGCGUCUCUUUGCAGCUGGACCUGGACCAGACGUUCCAGCUCAGCAGCAUCCUGCUUCACUUCAGGUCGCCACUGCCCGCUGCAAUGCUGAUUGAGCGCUCCACCGACUUCGGCAAGACCUGGGAGGUGUACCAGUACCUGGCCUCUGACUGUGCCACCGCGUUCCCCCACGUUCCCCGGGGCUCCCCCGAGAGCUGGCAGGAUGCUCGGUGCCAGGCGCUGCAAGGGCACCCUUUGCACGGGGGCAAGGUGAAAUUCAGUGUCCAAGACCUGGCGUCUACCAUCACUACCUCUUACAGCCAGACCGUUGAUAAGCUGGGGCAGUUCACCAACCUGCGGAUCAACUUCACUGAGCUCCCCCACAUUGCACGCCAGGGCUACCGCUCACCCAGCACCUUCUAUGCCGUGACGGAGAUGUCUGUGCUGGGGACCUGCUUCUGCCAUGGACAUGCCAACCGCUGUGCCCCCUCGGGAGACCUGCAUGCUGCGGUCCACGGGCACUGCGUGUGUCAGCACAACACCGCCGGUCCCAACUGCGAUCGCUGCGCUGCCCUCUACAACGACCGGCCGUGGGCACCCGCAGAGGACAACGAUCCCCACGAGUGCCAGAGGUGCAACUGCAAUGGUCACUCGACCUCGUGCCACUUUGACCUGGAGCUGUACCGUGCCAGUGGAGGGGCGAGCGGGGGUGUCUGUGACGGCUGCCAGCACAACACUGAAGGCAACAACUGUGAGCGCUGCAAAACUAACUAUUUUCGCAACCACCAGCAAGAUCUUGCCCAUCCUGAAGCCUGUCUGCCCUGCGAGUGCGACCCAGACGGCACCGUGCCGGGCUCCAUCUGUGACCCGCUGACGGGGCGCUGCAUCUGCAAGGAGAACGUACAGGGGGACCGCUGCCACCUCUGCAAGCCGGGGUUCGCCCAGCUGGCCAACUCCAACCCUAUGGGGUGCCGCAGUGAGUACACCCUGAGACAACCCCUGCUUCCCGAGUUCACAGGACAGUGUCCGUGCAGAGAAGGCUUCACGGGACGGACGUGCUCUGCCAUGCAGGAGCAGGUUUGCCCAGAUAGGCACUUUGGAGAUACCCGGGUAGGGUGCACGGAGUGUGACUGCAACUUCCAGGGCACGGAGGACGUGGGGUGCGACAAGACCACAGGCCAAUGCCUCUGCCGGCCGGGUGUCACGGGCCCCCACUGCGACCAGUGCCAGCGGGGCCACUGCAGCACCUACCCCGGCUGCGAGCUGUGCCACCCCUGCUUCCGUGCCUACGACGGGGACAUCCAGCGCCUGCGCCUGCGCCAGGCCAGCCUCAGCAACUCCACCUCAUGGCUACCCCUCGGGAGCGGGGGCUCCCGCUUCGGCCCCCGCCUCUUGCAGGCAGAGGGCAACGUCCAGCAGGUGCAGGGCAUCCUCGGCCGCUCUUCUGUGACAGAGCAGAGCCUGGCCCAGGUGGGCAGCGCUCUUGCUGCGAUCAGAGAGCAGGUCCAAGGUAUAAAUCCUGACCUUCAUUUUCUGGAUGAGACUGCCUCUCUGUCGAGGGAGCUCGAAGCCCUUAACAGCAGCUUGCUUAUCACUAAUACCCAGUAUCAGAGCAAGAAGACCCAGUUUGAAACCAGCCGCAGCACAGACCUGUCAGGAGCCUUCAAGACAAUCAGAUCUGCUUACCAGACAUCUACCAAUGCCAGCAGCCUCGUCGCCAGCGCCUCCAGGCUGCUGGCCGAGUCCCGGGAGAGCUGCAGGAGUGCCGUGGGGCUGGAGGGGGGGCUUGCGGAGUCCACCUCCAAGCUGCUGACCCUGAAGGGCGAGAUAGCCUCAUCUCCCAACCUGACCCCUGUCAUAAACAAGAUCUGCGGUGGCUUCCGAGUGGAGACGUGCACGCCUGCCCGCUGCGAGCGGCUGCUCUGCCCGCGAGACAACAGCACUGCCUGUGGGGCUGGCCGCCCCUGCCGCGGCAUCUUCCCGCUGUCGAGCGGGGCCCUCGCCACGGCUGGGGAAGCUGCCAGGGAGUUUCGCAGCCUGAGCGCCCGGCUCAGGGAGACGGCGCAACUGAUUAAAACGACAGAGACAUCUGCAAAUCAGAUUCAAAGCAAUACUCGGCGGCUUGCGGACCAGAUGAGCGUAACAAGGACCCAGAUAGAAGGAGAUCUCCGGCGCAUCCAGCAGUUCAUCCAGCAAGUCCGAAACUUCUUGUCAGACAAGGACAUGGACCCUGCCACUAUCCAGGAAAUCAGUGAGUCUGUUCUCUCCCUGCGUCUCCCCACGGAUGCUGCUGCAGUCCUGAGAAAAAUGACUGAGAUCCAAAAUUUGGCAACUAAGCUGCAGUGCCCAGAGAGCAUACUUGCCCAGACGGCCGAGGACAUGAACCGGGCGAAUGCUGUGGAGGGCAACGUGGAAGAGGUGGUUGGGAAUCUGCGACAAGCAAACACGGUGCUCCUGGAGGCCCGGGGUGCUAUCAGGGGCUCUGGCUCUUCCCUCCGGUUCAUUCAGGAGCGUGUUGAUGAAAUCGAGGCUGUUCUUGGUCCAGCUGAGAAGAACGUGAAGUCCCUUGCGGGCCAGCUGGACGGGCUGAUGGAAAGACUCUCGCAGCUGCAGCGUGGAGCGGACCAGAACCACCUGCGGGCCACCGACGCGCAGCAGAUGGCUGGGGAGGCGGGCGAGCAGGCCAGGAGCGCGCAGCAGGCUUUCGAACAAGUGAAACAAAUGUACGCUGAGCUGAAGAGAAGGAUGGAGCAGAGCCCGGCUCUGGGAGAGCAGGGCAGCAGGGUGCAAAGCAUAGACCUGGAGGCACAGGCUCUGUUUGAGGAAACUUUGGCCAUGAUGCUCAGGAUGGAAACUUUAGAGAUGGAAAUUCAGGAAAGCAACAAGGCUUUGAUGUCCAAGUCAGCCAGGCUGCUGGGCCUGGAGGAGCAGGUGGGAAGGAUCCGGGACGCCAUCAACGAGCGAGUUGCCUACUAUGAGAGCUGCUCCUGAGCGAGCUGCCCGUGCUCCGACGGCAUUGCCUUCCUCCUCUGCAGACACUGACUUGUGUAUUUAUUCCCAUUUUCCAGCUGGAGUUCUCAUGUGCCUAAUGUCUCUAUUUUUAGCAAAUUGAGUUUUCGUACUGCUGGAAAAUAGCUGCACUGAGCCAAAGGAGCAACCCCCUGGCGAGGGCUAACCUUUGUUGGACUGGCUGAAGCUGCUCGGUGGUUGGAGGAGAAAGGGGGAGAGACAUCAAUCUUCCAUUGCAAAUAAAAACAUCCCUAAAGCUGUUAUUUCCAGAGGGGUUUAUAAACCAAGACAUUAUUUCUUUUUCUUG